AGCUCGGCGGCUGCAGACGCGGCGGCGGCGGCGGCAGCGGCGGCAAGGCAGGCAGCGGCCCCGGGAGCGGCAACAUGAGCGGGUUGCAGAACGAUGACAGAAGGCAAUUCCUGCUGGAGCGGCUGCUGGAUGCAGUGAAGCAGUGUCAGAUCCGCUUUGGAGGGAGAAAGGAGAUCGCCUCAGAUUCCGACAGCAGGGUGACCUGUCUGUGUGCCCAGUUUGAAGCUGUCCUUCAGCAUGGCAUGAAGAGGAGCCGAGGAUUAGCACUCACGGCUGCAGCCAUCAAGCAGGCGGCAGGCUUCGCCAGCAAAACUGAGACAGAGCCCGUGUUCUGGGUCUACGUGAAGGAGGUCCUCAGCAAGCACGAGCUGCAGCGCUUCUACUCCCUGCACCACAUCACCGCUGACGUUGGCCGAGGCCGGGCCUGGCUGCGCUGCGCCCUAAAUGAGCACUCCCUUGAGCGCUACUUGCAGAUGCUGCUGGCUGACCGCACCAGGCUCAGCACAUUCUAUGAAGAUUGGUCUUUUGUGAUGGAUGAAGAAAGGUCCAGCAUGCUCCCUACCAUGGCAGCUGGUCUGAACUCUAUACUCUUUGCAAUUAACAUUGACAACAAGGAUUUGAAUGGGCAGAGCAAAUUUGCUCCCACUGUCUCUGACCUCUUAAAAGAGUCAACGCAGAAUGUGACAUCUUUGCUGAAGGAGUCCACGCAGGGCAUGAGCAGCCUUCUCAGGGAGAUCACAGCAUCCUCUGCUGUCUCCAUUCUCAUCAAGCCGGAGCAGGAGACUGACCCUCUGCCAGUCAUAUCCAAGAAUGUCCAUGUUGAUGCCCGAUGUAAAAGGGAGCGGAGAAGGAGGAAGAAGGUGACCAACAUUGUCUCUUUUGAUGAUGAUGAUGAGGAACAGGGCACUGGGGACACUUUAAAAAAGAUGCCCGGGACUGCAGAAAGCUCGGAGGAGAACUCUGACCGAUCCUCUGUCAACAUCAUGGCAGCCUUUGAAGGCCCCUUUGGGCCAAAUUCCAACGGGAGCCAGAGCAGCAACUCAUGGAAAAUUGAUUCUGUAUCUCUGAAUGGGGAGCUGGGCUACCAGAAGCUUGAUGUGCAGAGCAUUGAUGACGACGUGGAUGAGAACGAGGAGGAAGUGUACAGGAACCCGUUAGGGAGGGUGCAGACGGGCCACGCUGAGUCACCAGACAGGACACUGGAUGGGAGCGCCAGCCUCCCCCAGGUACAUGGCUGGGCCCCACUGCAGGUGCUUCAUGGAGAUGCUGAUGCGGACGCCGAUGUCCUCUUCCCUGUCAGUGGAGUGGGCUCCUAUGGUGCAUCAGAUGCCCCUGUGGGAAGUCUGGAGAAUGGAACAGAAACAGAGGACCACAUAAUCCCAGAGCCUGGCAUUCGCUACAGGGAAGCCGGUUCUCCAGGCCGAGGAAGUCCUCUGAGUAGCUUGUUGCCUUCUGCCUCAGUGCCUGAGUCCAUGACAAUCCAUGAACUGCGCCAAGCCAUUGUGGCCAUGAUGAACAGAAAGGAUGAAUUGGAAGAAGAGAACGGGUCACUGCGGAAUCUCCUUGACGGUGAGAUGGAACACUCAGCGGCACUUCGGCAAGAGGUGGAUGCCCUGCGGAAGAAGGUGACAGAGCAACAGGAGCGCCAUGCCACAAAGGUCCAGGCGCUGGCCAGAGAAAACGAGGUGCUCAAAGUCCAGCUGAAGAAGUACGUAGGAGCUGUCCAGAUGCUGAAAAGAGAAGGUCAACCAGCUGAAGUUGUACCUAGUCUUUGGAACGUUGAUGCAGAAGUCACAGUCCCUGAACAGAAGCCUGGGGAAGUUGCUGAGGAACUAGCAAGCUCCUAUGAGAGGAAGCUCAUUGAGGUGGCCGAGAUGCAUGGAGAGCUGAUUGAGUUCAAUGAGCGUCUACACAGGGCCCUGGUGGCCAAGGAAGCCCUGGUGUCCCAAAUGAGGCAGGAGCUGAUUGACCUCCGAGGCCCGGUGCCUGGAGAUUUGAGCCAAACGUCUGAAGACCAGAGUUUGUCGGAUUUUGAAAUAUCAAAUCGGGCACUGAUCAAUGUCUGGAUCCCUUCUGUGUUUCUCCGAGGCAAAGCAGCCAAUGCAUUCCAUGUGUAUCAGGUCUAUAUUCGGAUAAAAGACGACGAGUGGAACGUGUAUCGGCGGUACACUGAGUUCCGGGGGCUGCACCACCAGCUGCAGAGUGCUUUCCCGCAAGUAAGGGCCUACAAUUUCCCGCCCAAAAAGGCCAUUGGAAACAAGGAUGCCAAGUUUGUGGAAGAGCGACGAAAGCAACUCCAGAGUUACCUACGCAGUGUUGUGAACAAAGUCAUCCAGAUGGUGCCUGAGUUUGCUGCCAGCCCCAAGAAGGAGACCCUGGUACAACUGGUGCCCUUCUUUGUGGACAUCACCCCACCCGGAGAACCGCUAAACAAGAGCAGCAGAGCCAAAGUAGUUUCCCGCUUCCCUAAACUGUCCCGAGGCCACCCCAGGGAGGUGCGCAACGUGGAGCCUCAAAGCGGUGACCUCUGACCUCGGUGGACUCUCAGCCCCCGGCCACUUUGUGCUCAACCUUGCCAUGGCAGCUGGCCCUGGACACCUUGGCAGGAUGACCAUGUCCCCACAGAGAACACCCUUCCUGCUGCCACAUAUGCCACCCAAUUAAACUGGUCAGUUUUAGCUGCUGUGUCUCUGUCCUUAGAGCAAGGCAUUGCUCACUGGACAGACACAGAUGGGGACACUGUCACUAUCCUCAGGGUGGCCAGGGAUGGUUGUCACCUCCUCCAGUUCUGCCAACAGGACAGUGGGUACCAGGCUGGGUGCAGCCCAGGUGGGCUGUGCACAUGUGAGAUGCCCGACGCAUGGCAGAAGGAUCCUUCAGAUGCCACCCGUGACGCUUUCCCACAUGGGAACUAGAUUGACUGUUACACUCUUAAAUUCCCUGAUGCAACUUCCUCCUGCCGCCGUUGGAUGGGGUCUCCUUCCCUGUCUCCCUCUAUGGUGGUUAGAUACCCAGCAGCACUGCCAUGCGGCAGUAUGGAUUUGAUUUCUCCAUCUAGUGGCCUAGCAAAGACAUUGGCAGUGACUUUGGUCCUGGAGGAACUUCUCCUUCCCUCCUCAUGCGGGCUCCAGGAAGCACCAUCCAUCUAGGAAACCUGAGGCUGCCCCAGCAAGCACCGCUAGUUGACCUGAGGAGUCCACCCUCAGCACAGCCCUGAGCAGCAGUCUAAAAUCUCUGGCCCAGAAAUCGGUGUUUGUGACCUCAUGGCACUAGAGAUUUGGCUCUGGGCAUGGCUGUGGAAGGCUGGCCCUGUAGGCUCUCAGACCCAAUGCCAUAACUGAAAAGAGAAUGAUUGUUCCCUGAACAUAUUUAGCACCAACUGUCCCCUAACAUCUCAGUGGGAGCAGAAUGCUGUGUCCCCACAAGAUAUAGUUCUGUUGCUCUCGUCUCAGGGUCCCGUCCUAGAGUCCAGAGCUUGCAGGCAUGGAGGGGAAUAAGAUCCAGCUGCUUUGCGGCUCUGCCUUCCUCUGUCAUUAGCCUGGGUCCCCCUGAUUCUCAGAACCCACUGUUAGAGAUGCUCUGUCUCCCUAGGGAAGAACCUCCUUGCUGUCUUCAUAUAGUAUGGAGGAGCUUGCCGAAGGGAUCACAUACCAGGGUGCACUUCUCUGCCUGCCAAGGAAGGUGUUCAUGGUGGCAUCUACCAGGCGUGACUACUUAGGUGGUGGUAGGAGGCAGCCUGACCAUGAACUUGAAGGGCUGAAGCUCAAAAUUAGACCUUGGGAAGUGGUUUGGGGAAGCAGAGUUUUUCUGGCACCUUGGAAAGCUUGGGGGGAGUCCCCUAGAAGCCAGAGGGGACUUCAGAGUGCAGGGAGAGGCCUGAACAGCUCCAGUUCUGGAGGGCACCUUGGGACCGACAAGUGGGCUGUGCACAGGUGAGGCAGGGCAUGCCGGCCCUCCCUCCUGGCUAGGGGCAGGAGCUGGGUGAGCGGGAACCCGCUUUAGCUUGCUGGGAAGGGAGGGUCCAAGAGGCUUCUCAGCCCUAGAAAGCCAACAUGGGUCCUCUCUUGUCUGCCUAAGAUUCGUCAGGCUCCACACAAACACCACACCCAGAGUAUGGGGUCGGCAUGCAGUUUGCAGUUAGGCAAACUGACGCAUGCUACAGGGCGCUGUGAGGUGCUGGCAGCCCCAAGUCCACCUCUGAGCUGGGGGACUUGGCAUGGGGAGGCUUUGUAUUCUAUCAUGUUGUGUUAGACAGGACCCCGUCACACCUCCCACACCUCCCACACCUCCCACAGCUGAGUCCUGAGCACCAGGGCUUUGGGGCACCUGGCCUAAGCACGUGUCACUAAGAGUCUGGGUCCUCUCACUGCAAACAAAGCACACAACCAUCUUUCACAUUCAGCACUGGCAGAGGAAGGAAGGAAGGAAGGAAGGAAGGAAGGAAGGAAGGAAGGAAGGAA